AUGCUUGUAAGAAACAGUCGACUGGUCCCCGUCCUCGCGCAAGCAGCAUACUUUACUCCCAAAGCGGCCUCCUCCAACCUCGAGAAGAGGCAGAGCAGGAGGUGCCAGUCGGUUGAUCCCCGCGAUUGCCAGAAGGACAAGCGAGAGGAGCUCGACGCGGCCCGUCUCGAAGACGAAGAGGAGGACGAGGAGUGAGCGCCUUGGCCACGAUUGCAGAUGGCGAUUGUGGGGUGCGUCUGCAUCGGCUUCACACGCGUGUAGAUGUUGUAGUCUGGCUUUAGAAGGGGGUCCAGCUUGUUCGGGCUUACGGCAUGCGAAGUUGUAAAAUGGAAGAGAGGAAGUGCACAUUGAACAACCCCUCCGGAGAGCCAAAUCCCAGCAAUCAAUGCUUCUGGCCGCUGCUCUUCAAGACGGACACCGUGACGGGGUCAUCGAGCCCCGUGACCGGACCCAAAGCCCCCAUUAACACCGGCUCUCAGCCCCACCCAAGCACCGAAUUCGACCGCCCGACCUCUCCAGACCCGCACAUCAUGCGGCCCGGCAUCCCGAGCCUCCCUAAUGUCACCACGGUCGUCCCGUAGCUCCACUCAGCCAACGCACCUCCUGCACUACGAACUCAGGGCGUCCUUCAGAGCCCACCCCUGCCCGAGUGACAAUCUCACCUCAUCAACACCUGAUCCAGUAAAGCAGACACUCACAACCCCCUACACACCACCACAGAAAAACCCGAAGCUGACAUGCCU